UCUGUAAUCAAUCCGUACUCACCAGCUGUUGGUGGUGCGAAGAAUUCACGUGUGUAAAAUUUGUCACAUGACAAUGGAAAAUUCGAAAUUAUCAUUCAAAGGGGGAAACCCCGGAGCUGUGCAAUACGGUAACUUUAUAAACUAUUACCAAUUUCAUCCCCCUGAAAAUCGGUUAAAACUGUUGCCAACCGACUUGUGGCCGAACAACAAACCUUUCCAUGUUUUAGAUUUGGGGUGCAAUGCAGGGGACCUCACUAUCGAACUCUACAAUUUUCUUAAGGGAAAAGUACAAAAUUGCGAAAUUUUGGGCGUUGAUAUUGACCCAACCUUAGUGGAAAGAGCUAACGAAAAAAACCAAAACAAAGAGAACAUACAGUUCCGUUGUUUAGACUUUAUGAGUGAUAAAAGCCUAAUUAAAGAUUAUUUAAAAAAACGGAAAUUAGCGAAAUUCGACGCUGUUUUUUGCUUCUCUAUAACAAUGUGGAUUCACCUAAAUUAUGGUGAUGACGGCCUGAUACGUUUUUUGAACGAAAUUUGUGAUUUAGGGGACUUUGUUAUAAUAGAACCGCAACCGUGGAAAUGUUAUAGAAGUGCCGUCAAACGUUUGAAACUUAGUGAUGCAACGUUUCCUCUCUUUAAGGAAUUGCAGAUAACGCACGAUGUUGAAAAUAAGAUUGAACAACACAUUUUAACUAGUUGUAAAGCAGUGAAACUGUACGAGAGCGAACGUAGCGAGUGGGGCAGGAAAUUGCAAAUUUUCAAGUGCCCUCCAGUUAAUUGAAGUCUUAUUUUUAUACAAUAAAUGACAAAACGACGCAAAA